ACAUCCGGGUUACACAAAAGGUUGCUGCGGUCGCCAUGUUGCUGAAUGAAAUUAGCUCCAAAACAUUGAAUAGCCGCUAGCAAUAUCGAUAUUUUAUUUUUUCGCGGAAUAACAUUUGUUACAGCAUGUGCUUUAUUGUAAAUAUGACUUAUGAUUUAUGAAACUACUGCAGAGGCCCCGUUCCCUAUUAUUGUGUUUAGACAUAGUAACAGUGUCACGCAAUGCACCAUGGAAGUGGAUCACAGAAUAUGCAACGACAGCUUCAGAGAUCCAAGUCUGUCAGUGGGGCUGAAGCAGAGGAGCAGCAGCAGCCCACCACCAUGGCAGUCACACAGCAACAAGCUACAGUUAACCACCCUCAAUCUCCUGUGACCACAUUUUCUUCUGCCCAGCCUUCAGCUCCCCAGUCGCCCAAUUAUCAGAUAAUCAUGAGUCGUAGCCCAGUCACUGGCCAGAACAUGAACAUCACAUUACAAAAUGGGGGGCAGAUGGUGACUGGUAACCAGCAGAUCACCCUAACCCCACUUCAUCCAGAACCCAGCAUCCCUGGCUUCCAGCAUACUACGCCUCAGUGGAGGUUUGAGCAUGCUCCAUCCUCAUACAUCCAGGUCACCUCACCUGUGCCCCAGUCUUUGCAGCCCCAAAGUCCCACCCAACACAGCCCAGUCCCUCUGCAAGGUGUGACAAGGCCAGGAGCACCAGCAACAGCAUUGGGUGUAUGUGGACAGAGUCCAACACGAUUUGUGGAAGCUGGUAUGUUAGUGCGACAAAUCAGUUUAGGCAGUCCAUCGGGAAGUGGCCACUUUGUUUACCAAGAAGGGACAGGACUGGCCCAGAUUGCCCAAGCCGCACCUGGCCAAAUACAGCUGGCCUCUCCAGGAACACCAGGCUCUGUGAGGGAGCGCCGGCUCUCUCAGCCUCACUCACAGACUGGAGGCACCAUCCACCACCUCGGACCUCAAAGUCCUGUGGCCAGCGGUACUGCUCUCCCCACUCUGGGCAGUCCUGGUCACAUCACCACUUCCAACCUACCUCCACAGAUCAGCAGUAUCAUUCAAGGACAGCUGGCACGCCCUAUGAUAUUUGAAAAGACGUCGCAGGGUGUGGUUGCUGGAGUAGGAACCACAGCCACGGCAUCAUUCAGUAUACCCUCCUCCAUUCCAACGUCUAGCCCAUCCCUCACCAGUCCAACCCAGGGGAUCCCCAACAAUCCUCUUGCCCCCACCAGCAUGUCUGUAGCCACUAUAAAAAAGCAGGCUCCCAAGAAGUUAGAGGAAAUUGCUCCUUCUACUCCAGAGAUUGCACAUCUGAGAAAACUGUGCCUGGAGCACAACACCAAGAAGAUGGAGAGCCUGAAAGAAGUGUUCAAAGAAUACCUGAUUGAGCUUUUCUUUCUGCAGCACCUCCAAGGUAACAUGAUGGACUAUGUAGCUUUUAAGAAGAAGCCCUGUGUUCCUUUGUAUACUUACUUGAGACAGAACGACUUGGACCUUGAAGAUGAAGAGGAAGAAGAAGAACAGUCUGAGGUCAUUAAUGAUGAGGUAAAGGUUGUUACUGGAAAAGAUGGCCAAGCAGUGACACCAGUUGCCAUAGCAACACAGCUUCCUCCCAAUGUUUCUGCAGCUUUUUCUGUCCAGCAGCAGUUUCAGGGACACCAAGGGGCUGUUGCUGGCACAAUUACAAACCCUGGAGACAUGGAUGGCUUUAAGAGGCAACAGGCUAUGGUGCAAGCAGAUCAGGCUAAGAGGUCCCGGAUUGACGUUGGUCGCCAUGGGCUGAUUUUCCAGCAUCCUGGUGUAGCUCUAGGAUCACCUGGCGUUCCACUCCAGCAGCUUAUGCCAACUGCCCAAGGCGGGAUGCCGCCUACUCCUCAAGCGGUCCAGAUUGCAGGACAGAAGCAGAACCAGCAACAGUAUGACCCAUCCAAAGGACCUCCAGUGCAGAAUGCAGCCAGCUUGCACACCCCUCCUCCCCAGCUGCCAGGCAGGUUACCCCAAGGUGCCCUUCCUAUGGCAGGCCUGUCCAUGACACACUCUCAGCAGGCUCAGUUGGUGGAGAACACAGUUCAGUCUGUUGGUCAGCUCCAGGCACAGGUGAAGGUGCAGGCAGGUGGGCCUGUCCUGGCCACAGUAAACCCACACACACAGCUCCAGGCCCAACUGCAGCAGCAGUUGCAGCCGGGCCUUCAUCUCCAGUUGCAGCCCCAGCCGCAACAAUCCCAGGCCAUAAUGCCGUCAGGACAAGUGACGGUGGCACUUGCUCGCCCUGGUACAGAUUCAAACCUGCCAGUUCAGAGGAUUAUGACCAACUCAAUAUCCAUGGCCUCCAUAUCUCCUGCUCCCAAUUCUGUUCCAACCCCCCAUACUGCGAGUCCGCUCCGCCCCCUUGGCCUCAACAUCAACCCAAGCACCCAAUCCAAACUGACUGGCACCAAUGGCAUAUCCACAGUCAAAAUUGGGGGCUUUGGUCAAAGUGCGACCAUGCAGUCCUCACAGGAGUGUUCUCAAGAUAAGCAAGUUGAGCAGGCCAAACUGGAGAGUCAAGUGCAUCAGCGCAUCUCUGAGCUAAGGAAGGAGGGCCAGUGGUCAGCCAGUAGGCUCCCCAAGCUUGUGGAAGCUUCACGUCCAAAGUCCCACUGGGACUACCUCCUGGAGGAAAUGCAGUGGAUGGCAGCUGACUUUGCCCAAGAGAGGAGAUGGAAAGAAGCUGCUGCUAAGAAGCUUGUUCGCACAUGUGCCCGUUACCAUCAAGAGCAGAAGAAAAGUGAAGAGAGGUCAAAGAAAGAAAGAGAAAUUCAUCUUCGUCACAUUGCCAGCACAAUUGCCCGAGAAGUGGAAUUCUUCUGGUCAAACAUUGAGCAGGUUGUGGAAAUCAAACUCCAGUUUGAAAUUUAUGAGAAGAGGCUAAAAGCACUCGGCUUACAAAAAGCGUCAGCCAAAGUACCUUGUCAUUCAGCAGGAGUUAAAGCUGAUAAAGAGGAAAAUGCGACUUCAACUAAAAAAAGAAAAUCAAGUUCAUCCUUGGUUGUUGAACGUGAUGAAGAGAGCACCAUAGAGGAACAGGAGGCCAUGGAGGGGGAAGCAGACCACAAAGCAGAGUUGGUUGACCUGGCCAAAGAUGCUGAGAUGCCUCUUGAUGCUUUGAGGAAUCAGUAUGCUGGUGCCUACAUGGACAGCUUUGAGUGGCCUCAGCCUAGUCCUCAUAGUGAUGAGGAUGGCAUGGAAGAGACUGAAGAAACGGAGUGUCCUGCAGGCAGUCCACCUGAGGCAGUGUUAAUUGAUUCCCUACUUAGUGUGGACCAGUACCGAGGUGCUGAUAAAGCCACUUCCUCCGACUCUGAUAGAAAGCCUGCCAGAGACAUAGCGGAAGUGGCUGCUGCAACAGAGCUCAUCCUUCCCAAGGGCAGCUUCAGGACCACUUCCUCAACCCGCAACACAGCUCCUUUUCUACUGCAUGGGUCGCUGCGAGAGUAUCAGCAAAUUGGUGUGGACUGGCUGGUAAACCUUCACAAGAAACACCUCAAUGGCAUCCUUGCCGAUGAGACGGGCCUCGGCAAGACUGUGCAGACUGUGGCUUACAUGGCCCAAUUAGCUGGCCAGGAGGGCAUCUGGGGACCCCACCUUAUAGUAGUAAGGACGUGCAAGUUGCUAAAUUGGGAGGUGGAGUUUAAGCGCUGGUGUCCUGGCCUUAAGAUCCUUGUGUACCUUGGCAACAGAAGGGACCGCAGAUCUAAGAGAAUGUGGUGGGGGGACGCCAACAGCUUCCAUGUAUGUGUGACAUCCUACAAGCUGCUGAUGAAAGACCAGAGUCAUUUUCUGAGGAGAAGGUGGAGGCACCUUGUCCUAGAUGAGGUGCAGCUCAUCAAAAACAUGACUCAGAAACACUGGGAAACAAUCUUUGCUCUCAGAAGUGAGCAGAGGAUUCUCCUCAUCAACACUCCUCUGCAAAAUACUCUAAAGGAGUUGUGGACUAUGAUACACUUCCUUUUGCCAGGAAUCACCAGGUCAUACUCUGACUUCCCUGUUAAGGCAGGCACAGACCAGAACCAGGACUACUGCCACAAACUGGUCAUCCGUUUGCACAGGAUGAUCCAGCCUUUCAUUCUGAGGCGCUCCAAAAGGGAUGUGGAGAAACAGCUGCCCAAGAAGUAUGAGCAUAUCCUAAAGUGCCGUCUCUCCACCAGACAGAAGAGCCUUUAUGAGGAUAUCCUCACUCGACCAGGAGCUCAGGAAGCGUUGAAGACAGGUCAUUUUGUCAGCGUACUUCAGGUCUUGAUGCAGUUGCAGCGAGUGUGUAACCACCCUGAGCUGGUGGCACCCAGAGAGACCAGCAGCUCCUACGUCUGCUCCUCUUUGCAAUACAACGUCCCAUCACUUGUGCUGGGAGCUCUUCAGAAUGCCUCAAGCAAGAUCGCAAAUAUGUCCAUAUUUGAUCUGAUCAAUAACGAGAACAGACUGACUCGGUAUCAGACUGAAGAGGCAGUACCUAAACUAAAGAUCACUCAGCAGCUCAUAGAGGAGAUCCACAAUGCCCCAGAACCAGCGCCACGACCCAAGCCAUGUCCAAUAAAACCCAUGAGGUUGUUCCAGCCAGUGCAGUAUGGCACAAAGCCUGAAGGUCGCCUGACUGCCAUCACAAGUACAGCAGGCCAACGUUCUCUAACAAGCUCUCCCGCUACUAGCACCUCCGUUUCUACCACCCACCAGUCAGCCCAGGCCAGGGGAAAAUCCCCUGUCACCACUGCAACUACUACAGCCACUUCUCAUGCGGUUGGAACAGCUACUCAGAGAGCCCAGACUACACCUCCUGUCAGCAGCAGCAGCAGCAACACUGCCGCCACCCCUGUAGCCUCCUCGGGGAACAGUGGCAUUGGACAGCAUGUGUUGGGGGCUUCCUCUGUGGCUUUGGGCCAGACCUUAGCUGGCACAGUUGUGGGCUCUAUAGCUCCCAUCAGUCAGCCAGCAUUAGCACAGGUCCCCAGGCCAGGUCUAGCCCCCAGCCAUGCUAUCCAGCCCAGCUUACUGUCCCAGAGGCUGGUUCUUACAUCUCAGGCCCAGGCACGGUUGCCUAGUGGAGAUGUGGUGAAGAUUGCCCAGCUGGCCAACAUUGCAGGCAGUCAGAAUCGUAUCUCCCAGCCAGAGACUCCUGUCACUCUGCAGUUUCAGGGUAACAAGUUCACUUUGUCCCCCAGCCAGCUUCGCCAGCUCACCACCGGACAGCCCCUGCAGCUCCAAGGUACACUCGGUAAUGUACAUCCGAUUGUCACACUUCUAUCCCAACAUAAGUCUUCCAUUU